AUGGGGGACUUCCAUCAAUACAACAGGAGAUUGGCUGCUCUGAAGGAACUCGUGCUGGUGCAACUUGACACAGCUAGAGAACGCAUAGAACAGAACGAGGAAGAAAGAUACAGUCAAGCUGUUAAAAAUUUGGAAUUUGACGGACAACUCGGGCCUUACAAUCUAAGCCAUUAUGAAGAUUGGAAACGGUUAUCUAAUUUUAUCACAAAAAAUGUCAUUGAACGGCUUGAGCCAAUUGGAGGUGAAAUCACUGUUGAAUCUGAAAAUGAGAUUGUUAGAAACUCUACUAAAAUCCCAAUGGAAGAAGCACCAGAGAAGCAGUUGAAGGUUGGCAAUUCUGCAUCAUCUGUUGGCAAGUCUCAGAGGAAAGGAUGUUAUUAUACUUCAAUUCCACGUGUUGUUAAAUGCAAGGGUAUUAGUGGGCAGGAACUUACUUCUUUAAAUCUUGACAAGACACAAUUGAUAGAAACUUUACUGGCAAAAGAUUAUGGCGGUUCUGAAGACAUGCUUCUUGGAGAACUGCAGUUUACAUUUGUUGUCUUUUUGAUGGGUCAAUCGCUAGAAGCAUUUCUCCAAUGGAAGUCAUUAGUUAGCCUUUUGUUUGGCUGCACUGAAGCACCUUUCCGCACACGAACUCAACUAUUUACAAAGAUCAUCAAAGUCAUCCAUAAUCAACUAAAAUUUGGACUACAGAAAGAUCACAUGGGUGAAACAGGAUCAGCACUGUUGGAUGAUUCUUUGAUUUCCGCUGAUAGCUUUUUGCACCAUGUUUGCAAGACAAGGAAAUUUAAGGAGCUGUUGGAGAGUAGUCUAGGGUGGGAGUUUCAGCUUGGCAGUGCUGUUGAUGGGAUAUAUUUUGAGGAAAAUGAUGAGUAUGCUCCUGUAGUUGAGAUGCUGGAUGAUGAAGCUGUAGUAAGUUAAAAAUGUGGAUAAUGUCUUCACUAUGCUAUAACAGAUAGUAAAUCAUGAAUGCCCUAGCACUUUGCACUGCCCUUUGGCCUACUCACUCUCACAGCCAUACCCUUCUCUUAGAUUGUACAGUAAGGCAUACCAAAGCUCCACCUUUGCAAACUAACUAUAAGAUCAUGUUACUGUAUUUCAAAUUUCAAUUGAGUUAAAAGUCAUGUUGGAUCUGAAGUAGAAAUUCAGUAACUUUUCUAUUUCAGUAACUUUGAUGCAGAUUGAUUUUCCAGAGCUGCUCAUAUUUUGUAUUUUUCUAGCUUUCAUAGAUUAGGACAUGCGUAGGAAACUUGUGGAUUUAUUUUGACUUGUUUGAGGAGUUGCUGAGUGGAGGAGUAUUGGCCUUUGCAAUUGAGACAGCGAGUUCUUUCAUUUUUCCGAAAUAAUGGGGGACUUCCAUCAAUACAACAGGAGAUUGGCUGCUCUGAAGGAACUCGUGCUGGUGCAACUUGACACAGCUAGAGAACGCAUAGAACAGAACGAGGUCCUAUCAGGAGUACAAAACAGUAGAUAUUGCCUAUAAAAAUCUGCUCAAACAUGCAGUUGUUCUGCCACCACCACCUCCCGUUCAGCCCGAGAACAUUCAAGACCCUCCCGUUUAGCCGGAGAAUAUUCAAGAACCGCCACAUUAAGUAGCUAGUGAUGUACCCUUGGAGUGAGCAUUGGAGAACGAAGAAGACACAACUUCCAGUUCUUAGGAUCUUUUCUAGCUUUUGUUUUGUCAUGUUCUAUAUUUUUGGAAACACUCUUUAGGCAUCCUUAAAUCUUUAGUUGGUCAUGUAUUUUGGAGAAUUAUUAAACUUAUAUCAAAUAUUAAAUUUCAGCCAUAUUUUGGAUGACUGUAUGCUUAAUACUGUCCUUUAUUAACUCUUAACUGCUUUCUCGUACUAUAAUAGCUGAAUCCUAUUAUAUGUAUGUCUAUAUAAUAUUUGGGAUGUCACAUUAUAAACUAGUUACUUCCUCAAUCCAACAUUUAUCUCUCAAACUCACCCAUCAAAACCUCUAC